GGCAGCAGCCACUGCCAGAGUUAAACCUCCUCCACCACUUGUUGCAAGAACUUCGCUACCAUGGUUUUCGACAUCAAGAACAAAAUCGCCCUAAUUACCGGAGGCGCUGCCGGAAUCGGCCUGGCUUACACCAGGGAACUCCUCCGGAAUGGUGCUAAGGCUGUCACUAUCGCGGACGUGGACGCGUCCAAAGGCGAGAAAUCGGCGAAAGACCUCAACGCCGAAUUCGGUGGCAAUAAAGUGAUUUUCGUGCAAACCGACGUCACUAAAGCAGACCAGUUGGAGGCUGCAUUCAAGACCGCCAUAAACACUUGGAAAGGCCUUGAUAUUGUUAUAAACAAUGCUGGGAUCAUGAACGAUGCCAACUGGGAGCUCCAGAUCGCAAUCAACUGCAACCACGUAGUUCGUGGCAGCCUCCUCGCCAUCCAGUACAUGGGCAAAAACCACGGCGGCAAGGGCGGUGUGGUGGUCAACAUCGCCUCAAUUCUGGGCCUGCAAGAGCUGGCAGGCUGUCCCAUUUACGUGGGCACCAAACACUUCGUCGUGGGUUUGGACCGUUCCUUCGGAACCCCCUUUUUCCACAACCUCACCGGCAUCCAGUUCCUCACCAUGUGUCCCGGAGUCACAGACACUCCGCUGAUUUCCGAAGCUGGCAGAUUUGCACUACAAGGGAUGGGAAACAUUGCCAAGGAACUUGUUGAGGGACUUGGAUCAUUGCCAGAGCAAGCACCCGAAGAUGUGGCCAAAGGAAUGAUCACUUUAAUCACGAAAGGCGAAAAUGGGAGUGUGUGGGUGGCCGAAGGUGGGGAGCCCAUCUAUGAAGUGAAAAUCCCCCAAAGACAAACUCUGAGAAAGUAGAGCCGGGGGUUUAUGUUAAAGUGCACAGCCUUAAUUUUACACAUAACUGAUCUGUAUUUCGAUGUUUAAUAAAAUUUAUUCGUAAUAAAUA